CGCUCUGAUUGGUGGAAACUUGGAGCGCUGGUAACAUGUGUGUGGAGUUGAUGGUGGAGUGGAGUGUGAGAGUUGCUGAAUAGUGCUGAACUGGGAGCUGAGCUGUAUUGGGGAGCUGAGCUGUGAGAGCGCUGGUUUAUCAGUGCUGGGGGAGCAGCGCGGUUCAUGCUUCAGUCAGAGCGGGCUGUGCUGAGGAAGCUGCACAGGGAUGGCCACGGAGCUCCGGGGAGAAGAGCGGGAGGAGCGCGGGGCUCCAGCCUCUCCGCAGCGCCUCGUCUCCAGCCUGCCCUUCAGCGUGGAGGCGCUGAUGAGGGACCGGGGGGCUCCGGGGGGCGGCAGGCUCCAGCCCUGCCCCGGCCCCCUCAUCACCAGACCCGCCGCGCUCCUCCACCCACGACCCUCCGGACCCUCCUCCCCGGUGAAGUCCGAGUCUUCGGAUCAAGAUGAUGCUUCCUGGCUGAUGAAGUCCUCGUGCGCGUCUCCUCCACCACGUCAGUUGAGUCCGGCCACGUGUUCCCUCAGAAAACACAAGACGAAUCGCAAGCCACGAACCCCCUUCACCACCAGUCAGCUCCUGGCGCUGGAGCGGAAGUUCCGGCAGAAGCAGUACCUGUCCAUCGCAGAGCGGGCGGAGUUCUCCAGCUCUCUCUGUCUGACCGAGACUCAGGUGAAGAUAUGGUUCCAGAACCGACGAGCCAAAGCCAAGCGUCUGCAGGAGGCGGAAAUGGAGAAACUGAAAAUGGCUGGUAAACCUAUGCUGCACUCGGGCCUCUCUUUACCGUUCCCCCUCGGCGCACAGCCGCAGGCGGCGGCGGCAGCGCUCCUGUACGGACACUCGGGACAGUUCCCCUUCCACAGAUACAUGCUGCCCAUGCCUCCACUGGGGAUGUACACCUCUCCUGCCACCUAUAACAUGUAUCACCUGUCCUGAGAGGCAGCUGGAAGAAGAAGGAUUCUUUGCUCAGACUGAGACUGGUGGACUGACUGGUUCUGAUCAGUGGUGCCUAAACAUUAAUACGAGUGGCGAGUGCCAGGUGACAGGUGCUCAGAAAACCACAAAAGUGUCCACAUGUAAUGUAUCUCCAUUGAUACCAGCUUUAAACAACUGGUGCCUCAAACAAAAGGUCUUAAUUAAUAGACCAAAGUCUGGGGAGACCUUUCCUGAAUGCACCUUAUUCUGAAGACUAUGCAAGUUCAGAUGCUGGAUAUUCUGAACUGAUACAGUACUUGGUUGAGGAUGGAAUUGGGUGGGCUGAAGAUGAGCAGUGAUAUCUGAUAGGUCUGGUAUCACUUUGUCCCUGUUUACACCUGGUUACUUUAUGCGAUUAGUAUAUGGAUUGUGUCCUGGUAAGAGUUUAGCCACAUGCAUUUACACUUGGUGGUGAUCAAAUGUGUUGCCAGUUAGUCCGAUUUGAAUCUGUUUGCAGGGGGUUGGACAAAAUAUGCAAAUUAAUCAGGUUUGCAUUGGAAAGACAGAAGUAGGGCUUCACAGUGUAUUGUUUUAGCAUCAAUAUCACAAUGUGCACAUGCACAAUAGUCACAUCGCUGCUUAGAACAAAGACAAAUUUGAACUUUUCUCAUUUUACACUAUCAACACUAUCAACCAGAUUAUUGAUUAUAUUCACAUAAUAUAUCAUUUAUUUUACUCAAAUCAUUGAUGCACAGACACUUAAUAAUAAUAUAAAAUGAUGGAUCAGGGAAUUUUGGGAAAUUUGUUAAAAUCCUUGUAUUUGUUAUUUGUUGUAAUAUUGCAAUGUAUAUCGCAAAACAACAAAAUAUCACAAUGUAUUUUUUUUCCCAAUAUCAAGCUGCCUUAGAUGAAGGUGUUUGCACUGCUGUUAUUGAGAGCCUGUUAAUUAGACACCUGGCAUUAACAUGCAGUUUUGGUGAAAGGAUCACAUUCUGAUUUCAUUUGUCCACAUAAAAAGCCAGGUGUGAACACUUCCAAGGCUCCAAUCUAGAUUCCAGAUUACAAUACAAUCAUUCAAACCAGAACUUAAGAUCAGAGAUGGAUUUAAUCCACAUUUAAUACAAGUGGAAACAGAAUGAAUUUCUCUCUUUCUCUAAAAAAAAAACAA